AAACAACCCACAUCCCCAUGAAGCCACUGCCCAUGCCCCUUCCUUUCUCUAUCCCGGGGCCUCUCUCCUACAUGCCUGUCCUAACACGUAUUGUUUUCCCUAGAACUGGGCCUGUGAAAUAAGGGAAUUUCCGGAGCUCAGUGGCAUGGCCCAUCGUCUGUUUGAAGGUAAGGAGCAUGCUACCUCCUACUGGAAGUACAGGGUCUCUCCCUCAGCUCAGCUCAUUGAAGAAGUCAUGUCCUUCCUAAAGAAAAAGAGGGGCGUGCAGCCCUGUGACCUGGCAGUAGACGUAGGCUGUGGGUCGGGUCAAGGGACCGUGCUCCUGGCCCCUCACUUCUCCUCAGUGGUGGGGACCGACAUCAGCCCUGCCCAGUUGGAGGUGGCCCAGGAGCACACCACCGCCCCUAACAUCUCCUACAGACAGUGCCAGGCUGAGGAGCUGCCGUUUGCAGACAGCUCAGUGGACCUGGUGACGGCCAUGUCUGCCUUCCACUGGUUUGACCGGCCGCGGUUCCUCCAGGAAGCCCACAGGAUCCUGAAGGCUAAAGGUUGCCUGGCCCUACUCAACUACACCAUGGAUAUGGAGCUUGACUAUGGAGACUGCUCCCACACACUCAACACAGUCUGCAAAGAGUUUUAUGCUGCACUCCUGCCCUAUCGUAACCCCUGCCUGGGCCCUUGCUCUGUUGCUCUUUACAAACAGUGCUACGGUUCCAUCCCCUACACAGAGAAAGAGUGGCAGGAGUGUAUGUGGGUGAAGAAGUCCAUGACUCUGUCCAACUACAUGGGUAUGAUAGAGUCCUUUUCCAGCUACCAGGCUCUACUAAAGAAAGACCCAGAGGAAGCCAGCAGACUGUCAACUGACAUCACCCACAGACUGUUGGCUGUGAUGGGGGUGACCUCCCCAGAGACUGAGCUUGUGGUUGGAAUAAGGUAUUUCUUCCUGCUGGCCUGCAAGUCGGAGGACUAGCUACCGAUCGCUGACUGAGACUACACUGUGUUCCCUUUGAAACGGGACACUCUAAGAUGUGCUACUACUUAUCUGUCUUGAUUGUGUUAUUGACUGUACGCUUCUCAACUGUGUUGUUUGAUUUUGUCACACUGCUUUGCUUUAUCUGGUCGCAGUUGUAAAUAAGAACUUGUUCUCAACUGGCCAUCCUGGUUAAAUGAAGGUGAAAUAAAAUGGA